UUUGUAAUUCAGGAUGAAUCAUGCAAAUUAAUAAAUCGAUUAAACAAAAAUUAAUUUGAAAAUAGCAAGCGCUGCAUCGCCCCAAAUAAUAUUCAAAUAUUCAAAUGAAUUAAUAGACAACUAACAACCACGGCAACAAAAUCAGUUUAUGAACAGUUGACGAAGUAACCACAUAACCUAAAUUUUCAAUAAUAAUGUCUUCAAAAGAAAUUCUCAGUUUUCUUGAAUUAGUUGGCCAAUUAAAACAUUUAAAACGGGAAGGAUGGGUUAUUAAGAAAAUCGACAAUUGUGAAACUGUUUCGGGGCAUAUGUAUCGAAUGGCGAUGUGUACAUUUUUAUUAGACGAGAAAAGUCAAUUAAAUCGUACAAAAUGUUUAGAAUUAGCUUUAGUUCACGAUUUAGCCGAAUCAAUAAUUGGUGAUAUAACACCAAAUGAAGGAAUUCCACCAGAUGUAAAACAUCAAAUGGAGCUAGAAGCCAUGCGAAAAAUAACGAAAUUAUUACCAAAAAGUACGGGAGAUCGAAUUAUGGAAUUAUUUGAGGAAUACGAAUCGCGAGAAACAGAUGAAGCAAAAUUUGUUAAAGAAUUGGAUUAUUUCGAUAUGGUUCAACAGGCUUAUGAAUAUGAGAAAUCAACGAAUGUUAAUUUACAAGAGUUUUUUACGGCUGUUGAAGGAAAAUUUUCAACACCACUUUUAGUGAACUUAAAAAUGGAACUAGAUAAGAAACGAGCUGAGAUUAAGAGCGAUGAAAAUAUAGAAUAAUAUUUUCGGCCUAUUUUUAUAAAUUUUAUUAUUUUUGACGUAAUCAUUUGGAUUUAAUCCAAAAUUUAAUAAUUUUUUGGUGGUAUAGUAAUAGUCUAAUUAACUAAAAGUCGAACAAUUGGCUGUAAAAGAAUUUGUAUCUUAGGUUAAGUUUAGUCCAAAAUAUUUUGCUAAAAUUGCAGCACAAAAUUUCUCUUCGUAAGGGGUAGAGGGAGAUCCAGGCGCUGGCCGGAACACAAAAUCGAUCGAAUUAGUUGUUAAUUUUUGUUCCAUUUAUUGUAAUUAAAAUACAAUACUCACCUUCAACACCUCCACCCUGAGAUGAGGUUUUAAACUGCAAUCAAUUUUGAUGUUUCAUUUGGUCAUUUUAAACACAUGUAUUCCAAAUUUGAUUCUUUCAUGGCCUAAAGGUAUUUAUUAUUUCUGGGGCAAGUGUCCUGAUUGGCCCUCCUCUCUAGAUUCGGGGCUGCCACCUGAAAUUUUUUAUAAAAAAGGAUACCCAAUGACCAUUUUAUGGGGCCCGAAAACUACUCGUCAAAUUGAAAAAAAUUAGUUUGUUUAUACAUAUGUUUAUAUGGUUCAUGGAGUAGUGGCCGGGGAAGGGCCAACCCAUUUACGGUAUCACAACGGACCCUAUGGUCUAAGUGUGUCCCACCCCAGGACAGCCCCUCUAAUUUAACCUAACCUACAUAUGUUUAUAAUGACUAAAUGAAACAUUUUAACCAAAAAUUUAAAACUUAAGAGGCAACUUUUACGUCUCAUUUAGAUUAAUUUUGUGUGUUCCAUAGAUCAAAUUUAUUUUAUAUA